AUGGAAGCGAGCAGAGCAAAUGCUGUUUACUACGUAGAAGUCAAACGAAACCUACCCUUUGUGUCUGCGCCUGCGCCUACGCUGUGUCUCUUCACCCGCCGCCCGCGUCUUGUGGAACCAAAGUACGCAUUUCUGCCUGUCAACACAAGUAGGGAUACUUGGGACUUUGCGCCGUCAAGACUGACACCCCCGAUCUCCACCAUCCAUCCACGACAGGAACUCGAGAGCUCAGAGUUGGGCUACGGAGACCUAUCCAUCCAUCCACAAUCCGAGCAUACAUUUAGAUUUGUCUGCCAGGCUCAACGCCUGGCUUCUCACUGGCGCGCGAACCUCUCCGCCGUCCACUCCCGGCAGACAGCAGCCGGUUUGACGGCAUUGGCGCCCUCCACCCAUCCCCGUCUUACCACUCUUGAGUCUUUACCUACGGAUACUGCCAGGAGACAGGCGGUUACUAUCAUGAAUUCGUCUCCAGUACAAGAGCGGAUUCCAAUCCCCAUACGACCGCCUGCCUGCCCGCCUGGUCGAAGAGGCGUAGCUGCUCAACUGCUCACUCAGCAAGACUCAAAAGCAUCAAAAGUAGCCACGCUAAACAUCCGCAUCCGGACAAGAGCCGGAAGCCGAAACUGCGCGGCUUUGGGCAUCCACGAUGCUUAUUUCAAGACAUUGACCAACAUUAGCAGCCGCCAGCGGUCAAACCCACGAUACCUACCACUCUGUCACAUCUCGGGAUACCGACCGCCUGACUCCCCACCCACCCAGGACCCUCUCGGCCCCGUUCCUACAUUAGAACAACCGCCCGACCCAGGUAAUAUUCAGCGCGACGUUGUACAGGAUUUUGGCCAGCGCCACGGGUCCGACUGGGAACAAGAGACGGGGAGCACUGCAGAGCAAGCCGCUUGCUCGCCUGUUUGCUUGCUGUACUUGCAUGCGCUGACCGCAAUGGAAAACCCAAUAGCUGAGCGAGAAACCGAGAAAGAAGCAUAUCCUUUUACGAUAGGUCGGCCUCAGGGAUGUUUUGAUUUUUGUUCCCAAACUAUCGACGAACCUCCGAGUACAGAGUACUUCGUGCCCCUCACGCAGUUUGCCUUAGCUAUGACGCGGUUGCUGGCGGCUGAGAACACACCCGAACGACUGCUCUCCAUGGAUUCUGGCAUUCUGCCCGUCUGCGCCUCCAAGAAUGAUCCCGGCGCCACAACCGUUGCAUCUUACAGGCUGAAACCUGACACACCGAGAGGGGCCUCGGACAAGGUACCCCGGAGCCCCUGGCAUCGGCCGAGUGAUGUCAUCGGAUCAGCGGCCGAAACUUGUCUUUCAUUUCAUCAGCCUCUCAGAUCGUCUGCUUCGUUCCCUCAAUUUUGCCUCUCGCCAUGCAGCAACUGGCAGCCUGUCUCCCUGCACCGCUCCGGCAAAUCACGAGUCAAUCCUUCUGCCCAAUCGUCGCCGUCAUCCAACACUUACGCAGUACACGACGUCUCUGACCUCUUCAAGCGUGUUACCGUGGAUCCCGAAUUCCUUUUCAUGCUGCCCACCGGCGCCGUUUCACCACCUCAACUACACGUCAACGUUCUUGGGCAGAGGAAGCAGAGCAAUAGACUCGCAGUAUUUGCAAAUAUGCUAUGGACGAUCCUCUCUCAAACCUGCGUGCGAAUGGAUGUAUUCAGACGUUUCUCUCACAUGGUUCAACAUUUCAGCCGGGGGCUAAGUGAAGGCCAUUGCUUGGUACUGGCCGUCUGGGAUAGGACUCGCGCAAUUGUACCGCCAGAAACACGCUUCUCUCAGGCUUGCGCCGCCACCGCUGGUGAGGAGCAGAUCAUCAUCAUCGUCGGCCCCCCGUUCUCCAUUGUUGUGCGAUACUCACGUCCUAAACGUUCAUGUACACCGGGCAUGGUGAACGGACGGAUCAUCACUGCGUUCCACUUGCGAAAUCCCCAAAUCCACUUCUCCAUCGCACAACCUUUGAGUUGUCUCCAUCUGUCCACUCCUGACUAUUCCAACAAACGCGGCCAAGCAGCCGGUUUUUUGCUCAACGCACAGCCUGCCGUGUUGCAACUUCGCCUAGCAUUCCCCGGCAACAGACCAGCAUCUCUCUUGUGUUCGGCGUCCGAAACUAACAUCUUCCCCGAAUGGGAAAACGUCAACAACAAGGACGUACCCAUAUCAGCUUCCGGCAAGACACCUGGCGAGGGCUCUAAAAAGCAGGAAUGCGAGCAUGGCAUUUUGCAAAAGCCCAAGGUCCCCAAAAAAUUGCACCAUCUUCUAGGCUCGUACAGUGUUAGCGCAACCGGUUUCUCACAAUGUUUCCGUCUCCCCUGUCACCUGGAAAGGACCCUUUCCCUUUUCCUCUACAGCCUUUUGCCAAAUCAGUCUACCCCAUUCCCCCUCCUCAGAUUCCGAACGAGGCAAUGGGAACAAGUGAUCGGCGGUGCCCAGCAUGAAGAGCGACGCCCGGCACUCAGAACAGCAAAGCGACGAUCCCACAAUAAGCCCGACUCAGCCGAUCGUCUCCGGCCAAUGGCAUUCCCGGUAUGGGGAUCGUCAUCCAAAAGUAAAAUCCAAGGGGUGGUUGUCAGUGCUGCACUCUUCCACGUCUGCGUGGACGGGUCAGGUUCCGGGAGGAUAUCGUUGCAAGACUACAACGUCGCUCGCACUGCGAUGCCCUAUCAUGGCUCUUACUCACAUCUCAUCAGCAGGACAUAUCAGGAACAGGAUGUCUCCUGUCCUAGGUACUUGUCCACGAUCAUUCGACAGAAAGGCCUUUCAUUCGCAUCCGGGGAGAGACCCGGGAUAUCCUACGAAAUUCGGACCACAGGCAACAUAAUAGUGGGAUCAUGGCCGUUCCUCUUGCCGCCCACCAGUGUCAGCGGCUUCCCUGCAUUAUCGUUUGUGCCAUGUUUCGUCUCCCGCGCAGACACUCGUGGUUCCUGGUUCUUCUCCGCCCGCGUCCCGGACGGCAUGAAUGCCGGGGCCACGGAACGGACGCGCAAUCUCCCUUGUUUCUUGGUUCUUUUCCCCCGCCCGUCGGGACCAAAGCCCAGUUUGCGAGUUGGUCACAGAGUUGCUACCCAGCGGCGGCGGCGGAGGAAGGCAACGGCGCUUUCGCGAGUCCCCGUUUCUCGUGUUACCGUCGUCACCCUGCCUUUUGCCAUCCGGUGCCGUGGCGCCGCCUUGGUGCACAUCGACUUGGCUUUUUCUGCUUUCGCCUCUUUUUUCUUCCGUUGCCACGAGCUCCUCUGUGCCACCCCACCAACAACGUGUAUUUGCUCGCCGCCUCCCUACCCAAAAGCAUUCGCCGCCUUGGAUCCUUUCCCGGCGGUCGGGCGCGGUAAGGCAUUAUCUGUACGAAGUAUCUCACGUGCAGACAUUUACUUUGCUCGGAAGCUGUCCGGGAUUUUGCUGAACCGGGCCCCAAUAAUUCCUGUUGGAACAGAGUACAGACUGCAGAUGACGAUCCAAUUAUUCGGCCAAAAAGAACUGGAUCCCCAGAAAGGAACGCGUUGA